ACCUCUACCUUGUACACUUGCUUCUAUAUCCUUCUUGUUCAGUAUAUUGCCUGGCACAUACAUAGACACUGAAGUUUAAGUUGUUCUUAUUUUCCCCCAACUCUAAGAUUUUCCUAAGAAUACAUGCUUUAUUUCUUUGGUGUUCCUGUCAUUCAGGGAAUACCUACACUAAGUGAAAAAGCAGAAGCCAUUGAAGGAGAAUUUCUGAAGACCAGCACAAACUUUCCUUACAAGAAGCUUUAUUCUAUUUUCAAGUCCAUCAUGGAACUCAAUACCAGUGCCAGACCCUUUCUUCUAACUGGAUUCGUGUGCUUGGAAAAGGCUCACCAUUGGAUCUCCAUUCCAUUAUCUGCAGUCUACACCUCCAUAGUUCUGGGCAAUGGUAUUCUUAUAUUUCUUAUUAGGGCUGACCAUAACCUCCAUGAGCCCAUGUAUUAUUUCUUAGCCAUGCUGGCAACCACAGAUCUGGGGAUGACCUUGGUUACAAUGCCUACAGUGCUGUGUGUGCUGUGGAUGAAUCACAGGGAAAUUAGCCAUGGUGCCUGCUUUCUCCAAGCCUACUUCAUUCAUAGUCUCUCUGUCACUGAGUCUGGAAUUUUGCUAGCCAUGUCCUAUGAUCGGUUCAUUGCCAUCUGCAACCCACUGAGAUACACUUCCAUUCUUACCAACACCCAGGUGAUAAAGAUUGGAAUGGGAGUUUUUAUGAGGGGAUUUGGUCUCAUCUUGCCCCCAAUAUUGCCUCUCUAUUGGUUCUCCUAUUGUAGAUCCCAUGUCCUCUCUCAUGCAUUCUGCCUCCAUCAGGAUAUUAUCAAACUAGCCUGUGCUGACAUCACCUUCAAUCGCCUCUAUCCUGUUGUGGUGGUGUUUUCUAUGGUUUUACUGGACUUCCUGAUAAUCUUUUGUUCUUAUAUUUUUAUUUUUAAGACUGUCAUGUGCAUUGCAUCUGGAGAAAAUAGGUCCAAGGCCCUCAACACUUGUGUUUCCCAUAUAUGCUGCAUCUUGGUCUUUUAUGUCACUGUCAUUGGCUUGACAUUUAUCCAUCGAUUUGGGAAGAAUGUUCCCCACCUAGUACACAUCAUAAUGAGCUAUGUAUAUUUCCUUUUCCCUCCUUUUAUGAACCCUGUCAUUUAUAGCAUUAAAACUAAACAGAUUCGCAGUAGUAUACUUCAAUUAUUCUCUCCAACCCCAUCAAGAACAUGACAUUUACUUUCCCUCUACGGGAAAGAGCUAUGAGAUUAUAAACAUGAAAAUUUGGCUGGGAUAGUUUAAAAAAAAACAUUAAAUAAAUGGUUAAAUGUCAGAAAGACAUGUGUUUGAGAUCCAACUGUUUCUUGUUUCACUCCCAUUUUUGUAUGACAUGAAAUAAGCCAUGUACUAAGCCACGUAAAACACUAAACACAGUGCAAGGUGCUUAGCAUUUGCUCAGUUGAUAUUCAUUGUGUAUUCAAAUACAUUCAUUCUACUAAAAGUACCAAUGCCAUGACUCUGAGUUCUGUGGGUUGGCCAAACAAACUUUAUAGUUUCAGUUCCUGGCUGCUGGUUUUGUUUUUUUUGUCAUGUCUUGUUUUGUUUUAUAUUGACUGAACAUCCCGGCAACCAAUGACUGUUAGCUGUUUUAUCCCUUAUGUAAAAUUAGUGAAUGUUGUCAUCAGUGAAACAGAGAGCCUGUCUGAGCUAAUUCCAAAUGAUUAUUAGUGAGCAUGGUGCACAUGUAAGGCAACUAUACAUAUAAAAUAUUAAUGUACAGUUUUUUCAGAGUAUGUAAAUUAAAAUAAUUAAAUUAAUUAAUUUCUAGUCAAGAGAAAUACUUUUUGUUAUAAAUUAAAUGAGACAAUGGUACUCAGAAAUUAUGUGUAAUCAAUACAAUUUGGUAGUUACAAAAUAGUCACAGGGACAUAAAAUACAAUGUAGAGAAUAUAAUCAAUAAUAUUAUAAUAACUAUGUAUGGUCCUAGGUGGGUACUGAAAAUAUUGGGGGGAAUGCUAUGGAAAGUGUGUGAU